AUGGGCAUGCUGACCUUGUCCUCGGCGCUCCCGGUGUUCCACUCGGACUGGUGCACUAGCUUCACCUUGCUCUCGGGCGCGUGCUCGUCGUCGCCGGUGCAGGUGACCAUCUUCUACAUCUCGCUCUACCUGGUGGCGCUGGCGGAGGCCGAGCACAAGCCGUGCGCGCAGGCGUUCGGCGCCGACCAGUUCAACCAGCACCACCCCGACGAGUCCGUCUCUCGGAGCUCCUUCUUCAACUGGUGGUACUUCGGCAUGUGCUCCGGCAUCGCCGCCACCACCAUGGCCUCCAGCUACAUCCAGGACAACAUCGGCUGGGGCCUCGGCUUCGGCAUCCCCUGCCUCAUCAUGGUCUUCGCGCUCGCCAUGUUCCUGCUCGGCACCCGCCGGUAUCGCUACUACACCUCCACCCAGUCCAGCCCCUUCGCCCGCCUCGCCAGGGCCUUCGUCACGCUCCUCAAAGGCUCCAAGUCCAGCCAAUGCGCCAAACAAGCAGUACUCUCGCGGGCGAGGAUGGUGAGUUCAACGCGGAGCACCGGGAGGAAGAGUUCUUCUAUGACCAGGUCCCCGACGCGCUGCGCAGCCUGGGGCUGGCCUUCUUCCUCAGCAUCUUCGGGGUGGGCCACUUCCUGA